CAAAGCCACAUAAAAAAAUUUUAUACGGAUUGCUGCCGCUGGAGCUCUUCUAAUCUUUUGGUGGCUUCCGUAGACUUCUCCGUCGCUACACCUUUGCCGAGAGCCAGUUUCCUCUCAGCAUUACUUGUCAUCUCAGAAUGAGUCUCUCUGGUGCUGCUGCAGUUGGUUCAAGCAGAAAUUUGAGAAGAGCGGUGGAGUUUGGGAAAACUCAUGUGGUUAGGCCCAAAGGGAAGCAUCAAGCUACUAUUGUCUGGCUACAUGGCCUUGGCGACAAUGGCUCCAGCUGGUCUCAGAUGUUGGAGACGCUUCCCCUUCCAAAUAUCAAAUGGAUAUGCCCGACUGCUCCUUCUCAGCCAAUAAGUUUGUUUGGUGGUUUCCCUUCCACAGCUUGGUUUGAUGUUGUGGACCUGACUGAAGAUGGACCUGAUGAUGUAGAAGGACUGGAUGUGACUGCCGAACAUGUUGCAAAACUCUUGUCAAACGAGCCUGCUGACAUUAAGUUAGGUGUUGGAGGGUUCAGCAUGGGUGCGGGGACUUCUCUAUAUUCUGCGACCUGCUUUGCGCUCGGUAAAUAUGGAAAUGGCAAUCCUUACCCUAUCAAUUUAAGCGCGGUCAUUGGCUUGAGCGGGUGGCUUCCUUGUGCCAAGACACUAACUGGUAAACUAGAAGAGGAGCAGAUCAAGAACCGAGCUGCAUCGUUACCCAUCUUAGUUUGUCAUGGAAAAGGUGAUGAUGUUGUACCGUUCAAGUUUGGGGAGAAAUCAUCACAGGCCUUGAUAGCACAUGGGUUUAAGAAGACGACCUUCAAAGCUUACAGUGGACUUGGUCACUACACAAUCCCACAGGAGACGGAGGAUCUGUGCUCGUGGUUGACAUCCACCCUCGGCCUCGAAGGCUGAAAAGGCUUUUCAAUCUGAUGAAAAAAAAAACUCGUGAGAUUUUUCUUUGAAUUGGAUUUGGGAUCUUUCAGAUUUUUUCACUUUCGGAUUUGGAUCUUGUUACAUUUGGGAUAUUAAUGUAAGACUAUGCCCUCUCUAGUAUUAAAGCUUCUUGUCGUUUGGCACGUCUGAACCGGACCAUCGGUAGACGCAGUUGUGUUUGUUUUCUUGUGGUCGAACGGAUAUUAAACAAAGAUUUUCAGUGCUA